GCUUUGGAGCAGAUUUAAAGAAUUCUCUGCUCGUUUAUCGCUUUUUGUAAGUUUAACAGUAUCGCUAAUGUCGCCAGUGAACACUGUCUGUUGUUUCCGGCUUAUACACGGCAUAUCUUGGCUAAUAUGAGCUCGGUAUAUGUGGUUAGCUGACACAGUGGCAUUAGCAAAGCGCUAGCAGACGAAUUCAUGCUGAGAGCAUUGAGUUAGCUUGAUUCUGUAUCACCAAGAGAGAUGAAACCUUUGUCGAUGCCUUCAAACAGUCGUAGAUGUGUGGUCUUGGCUGUCCCGAAUGUGUGUGAACUAACCUGAGCACACAGCUGGUAGCUGUUCCGGCUACGUUGCCGUGCUAACUGGGGACGCAGAGCUAACCAACUGUCUGACUGGAAAAUGUGACAGCCACAUCUAAUCUUGUACUAGGCUAACAAUUGCUAUCACAAUAAUAUUCCCAACUUUAAGGUUCUAGCGAGUGUCUUCACCGGAGACUUUAUGAUCUGUAACAUGGUUGCAGUUCUUGAUGUUAUCACCAGUUUGGAGAAAUACCCUAUCACCAAAGAAGCACUUGAGGAAACCCGCUUGGGAAAGCUGAUUAACGAUGUGAGAAAGAAAACAAAGGAUGAGGACCUUGCCAAACGUGCCAAGAAACUCCUGCGGAACUGGCAGAAGCUGAUUGAGCCCGGCCAAAGUGACACUCCGGUGAGAGGAGUGCCAAAUGUUCCGGGUUCUGCCAAUGGCGGUGCUCAUCCCUGCCGGACAGACACGCCUCCAGCGGUCCCCCCUCCAAGCAAGGUUGCUCCUGAGCUCAAAACCAGGAAUGACAUCCAUAACACAUACUCCCCAAAGGCAGAGAAAUCCAGCAGCCGAAAGCGGCGGGGGGAGCAAAGGGAUAGUCCGCAUCUGCCGGCCAAAAUGACAAAGGCAUCCUUUUACGAGCCAAUGUAUUCCUCUUCCCCACCAUCAAAUGGAAUUAGGGGGAGCCCCGAUCCACUCCCGGAUAAAGAUGAUGAUGUACCAUCUGACAGAAUCCGCAUGGAACACCUUGAGAAUGACAGGCACAACAAAAUCCCUGUCAACGCUGUGAAGCCUCAUCCGAGCUCUCCGGGGCUUACCAAACUACCUAGCACUUCCUCCUUACUCAAAACGUCAGUGUUACAGCAGCAGGCGAGAAUGGAUGGAGGUGGGCAGCAUCAGCCCAAAAGCCCUCGGUACUCCUCGAGUCCACGCAGCAUAAUGCAUGAGACGAUGGCAAAGAGGUCUUCAGCAUAUGCACCAAAAGGGAUUCUCUCGAGCCCGUCACAGAAUUCAGCCCAAGUGCCCUCGCCUUUGCCCACACUGCAGCCUUUAAUGUCACCGGCCCAGGUGUGCAUCGGCGAUGGUCCGUCAUCUGUGGGGCUGGAAGGCUCGAUGCACUUGCACAGAUCUACGGAUACACUCUUCCAGCCCCCACACAGCACUGCGACACUGGAGCCGCUCUCUGGCUCCCCGCUCUCCACACAUGGCUUGGAGGGCAUGGAGACUAAGGGGGAGCGGGGUAGAGCGACCUCCAACUCGGAAGGCAAAAAGCGGAAGAAAUACAGACCCAGAGACUACACAGUAAAUCUUCAGGGGCAGUCUGCGGAGGACAGGACCAAACCCGUGCGGUUAAAAGAGCGUAGGUUGACGUUCGACCCGGUGACCGGACAGAUUAAGCCCCUCACUCCAAAAGAAUCCCACCACGAGGCAGAGUGCCAAGGCCCGCCAAUCGCAGAGCCUUCGGUGAGGACUGAGAUGCCUCAGCAAAAGACACCUACGUCGGUUCCCAACCCCUUUCAACAGACAAACUGGAAAGAGCUGUCCAGAAAUGAAAUAAUUCAAUCGUACCUUAACCUUCAGAGCAAUGUCCUCACAUCCUCUGGAGCACAGACCCACGGGGCGCACUUUUUCAUGACUGAAUAUUUGAAGCGAGAGGAACACGACGUCAAAGAGACCCAAAAAAUGCAUGUUUUAGUACCGAGCAGCUCCCCGACAGAACUACCCGGGGUGACUCGGGACGUAACGAACGAGGACCUUCUCAGAAUACAUAAGGAACACUGGCCGGGGGUGAACGGUUGUUAUGACACCAAGGGAGCCUGGUUUGAUUGGACAGAGUGUAUAUCGUUGGAUCUUCAUGACGAUGAGAGUAAAUUGAACAUCCUGCCAUAUGUUUGCCUAGACUGAGAGAACAGGGCUUGGAAAAGUUUUCAAUGUUCCCACUGUGAGUCGUAGGAGAUCGAACCGACUCUCCUUGUCACUCUGUACUAGGUUCAUCUUACAGGUGUAAAGAACGAACCAACGGCGGUUGUUCCGAGUUCAGUUUUCCACAAGAAGGAGCUGAAGUGAUGUCCUGUUUGUGAUGUGCUGCUACCAACAAGAAUUUGCAAACAAGGGUUGUAUAUAAUGGCUCGCAGGGAUUUAACUGGGCCAGUUCUUGCACAACGUGUGAAUAGGAGGGUCUGAGCAAGCAUUGAGCAGUACAGAUAUGUUUAAAAGCAAGUCGAGAACAUUUUUUGGCAGUUACAAAAAGCUUUAUGUGACAAAGAAUAAAUUAUAAAAGUUU